ACGUGUUAUCUAUCGGUCCGCGUCCGACCCUCGGGAUUCACCGACCUCUUCUUCCAGCGGCGUCGGGCUCUCUUCGCCAACUUCAGCGCGCCGCCGUCAGGAGCUACGUCUGCUCACCUUCUGUCGUCGCCGGCUUUCUCCGAGGUAGAAGAGAUUGGUGCUUCUGAUGGCAGCCCUUAAAGCUUUUUGGAACAGCCCUGUGGGUCCAAAAACAACUCAUUUUUGGGGACCAGUUGCCAAUUGGGGCUUCGUUAUUGCUGGUUUGGUAGACAUGCAGAAACCCCCAGAGAUGAUAUCUAGGAAUAUGACUUCAGCCAUGUGUGUCUACUCAGCACUUUUCAUGAGAUUUGCGUGGAUGGUAAAACCACGUAACUACUUGCUUCUUGCAUGCCAUGCCUCUAAUGAAUCAGUUCAGCUCUAUCAAUUAUCUCGUUGGGCAAAGGCACAAGGGUACCUUGAGAAGAAAGAGCCUGAAGGUCAGCACUAAGCUGUUACAUGAGCUUCUUCAAAAGAUUUCUCUGAAUAAGAAGGUUGUCUGUUUUUGACAUAAAUGGACCUACUCGAAGCUCAAUUGAUCCUACAGACACCUGAGUUCAAUCUGGUUGUUGAUUCGUUUAAGAUCAGAUAAAGUUCCCCAUGCAGGGAGGGAUAUGGUACCGUUGAUGAGGAAAACUUUUGCUGCUUGGGAAUGUAAAACUACUUGGAAAUAUGACUAGUGUUUUUUAUGAAGUAUUGUGAUUAUGUUAACAAAGGUAUGACUGUCACCUUCUUGGGCAGCCUUUGUGAGUUUGCUAAAAUUAGCAAACACAAUCCACAAGUCUACGGUAAAUGGGA